AUGAGCCAAACAAUGAACUUCAAUAACAAGUACACCCAGCCAAAAGGAACUGUUCGAGCAGUGAUUGGAGGACAAUGGGGUGAUGAAGGUAAGGGAAAGUUGGUCGAUUUGAUGGCCCGACAGCAUCAAAUUGUAUGCCGAUACAAUGGUGGAAGUAAUGCUGGCCAUUCCAUUGUUGAUUCCAAUGGCCACAGAUAUGCCACCAAUUUACUCCCUUCUGGCGUUCUCACUCCCGGAUGCAUCAAUCUCAUUGGUAAUGGUGUUGUUUUGGAGGUACCAAAACUCUUAUCUGAAAUUGACAAUUUGAAAGAAAAGAACAAGAAACACAAAGGUGAUGAUUCUGCCACUAUUGACCAAGAGUUCCAAGAUAUUGAGAAGCGUUUAUUAAUUUCCGACCGUGCACAUCUUGUUUUCGGUUUCCACAAGGCCAUUGAUGGCUUCCAAGAAGGAGUUUUACAAGAAACUGGAUCACAAAUUGGAACGACAAAGCGAGGAAUUGGUCCAACCUACACCACCAAAGCAGCUCGAAGUGGGUUGCGUAGCGGUGAUUUGUUGACCGAUUUUGCAGUUUUCGAGAAAAAGUACAUGACCUUAUUGAAGACAUUGAAGAGUCAGUAUGCAUCAUGUGUCGAAUUGCAAAAUUAUGAUGCACAAGGAGAAUUGGCUCUCUACCGAGAUGUUUACAUUCCCCGAGUUCAUCCAAUGAUUAUUGAUACCAUUACUUACCUUCAUAAGGCCAUCUAUGUCGAUGGACUUGACAUUUUACUUGAGGGAGCGAACGCAGUCAUGUUGGAUAUUGACUUUGGAACUUAUCCAUUUGUGACAUCUUCUUCACCUUGCAUUGGAGGCGCUUGUACUGGUUUGGGCAUUCCACCUCGUGCCAUUUCUGAAACUUAUGGUGUCAUUAAGGCAUACUGCACACGUGUCGGUGCAGGUCCAUUCCCAACUGAGUUGAAGGAUGAAGUUGGAGACACCAUUAGAAAGGUUGGUGGUGAAUUUGGUACCACCACUGGAAGACCAAGAAGUUGCGGAUGGCUCGAUGUUGUUGCUGUCAAGUACGGUUGCAUGAUUAAUGGUUUUACUGCAUUGUGCUUGACCAAAUUGGAUGUUUUGGAUCAAUUGGAGGAAGUUAAAAUCGGUGUUGCCUACAAGUUAGAUGGCACUGAGAUUGACACUGUUCCAUAUAGCGCUGAUGAUAUGGCCAGAGUGGAAGUUGUCUAUGAGACCUUCCCAGGCUGGAAGAGUGAUAUCUCCAAGGUUCGCACCUUUGAAGAAUUGCCUGAAAAUGCACAAAAGUUUGUGAAGCGAAUUCAAGAAUUGAUUGGUGUACCAAUUAAAUGGAUUGGUACAGGAGCUGGACGUGACUCGAUGAUUUGCCUUUAA